AUGCAAGGGCCGCCAGAUGCUUCGAUGGACGAUGAAGAUGAAUUCCUGUAUGGAAGUACAAAAGCAGGAGAGGAAGAGGCCUCGGCGCCUACCAUGACAUCGUCUCAGGUGGAUGGAUCUGCCUCGUUACCGACCGAUGCUCCCGACCCAGCCACGACAAAUACAGCAGAUGGCAAUGAGGAGGAGGAGGAGGACAGUGAUGAGUCUGAUAUCGAGUUCAUUAUUGAUCCAAACGCGCCUAUGGUGCCCCCUACGCGUGCCGUGUCGUUUGCGCCUGCCGCCGCGUCGCCCAAGCCUGCGGUAGGAAAGAGUAGUGUGGCACCAGAGGAGGCGAGUACCGUAUUGACUGCUUCCACUAUGACGGUGUCUGCAGCGCCGGCAGCGCCCGCUGUGGUCGCAGAGGUCAGUCAGCGGCCGCCGCCGUCGCCGAAGCCGGACGCUGGUCCAAGUACCUCGCUGACAACGCCCAAGCCAGACCCAGCCACCGGGGAUGUUCGCUAUUCAUUGGAGGAAUUGCCACCAGAAGGGCCACCUACGGCGGCACCAUCAACCGCGCCUGACCUUCAUCUGGAGCCAAGUGAAGACGCCCUAGUGUAUCCCCCGACCGAGCCAUUGUACGAUGCACGAACUGAGGAGGAAAAAACGCAGGACGCCCCGCCUAUGACUAUAUACCAAGUGGAUAUCAAUUCUCUGCCCGAAAAACCAUGGCGUCGUCCUGGGGCCAAUAUGAGCGACUGGUUUAAUUAUGGCUUUGAUGAGCAGACAUGGGCGCUAUGGUGUGCCAAAAUGACGAUGAUGACGCAAACACAAGAAGAAUUGGCUGCACAGGUGCCACCGUCUGCUGCGCCCACGUUUCUUCCGUCUGGCGAACCUGCGCCGCCAGCGCCGCAGGAAGCCGCACCUUCCAUGCCGGACUUCUCGGCCAUGUUUGGUCCUGGCGGCAUGAUGGGUAUGCAGCCAUGGCCAGCCAUGAUGGGUAUGAUGCCUACGGAGGACAUGCCGCAGAUGGAUAUGGCGUCGAUGCCUAUGCCACCUGGCAUGCCGCCCAUGCCAAUGCCGCAGAAGGAGAUGGAUCCGCCUCAGAACGACGAUAUACCAGCCCCACCGCCUGGGGAGGAAAACGAUGACGAGCCGUACGAACCAUACGAACCCUCCCUGCCUGCUGAGAGUGGUCCUGGAGAGGCACAGCGUUUCGAUAAGCAAGGGCGUUCACGACAUCCCCCGCACGAUGGACGAUCCUCACUUCGCGUGGGGACUACGUCGGGGAGCCGUCGGUCUGGCCAGGCCAACGAAGGGAGUGACACUGCUCUACGCAACGAGCGCCAACGGCGGUACAAUGAUCGUGAUCCUUCCCAAGGAACUGGCGAUGCGCUGGAUUACGGCGCGCAUGCACACGAAGAGCCACGACGUGCACGACACAAUCUGCCGCCCAAGCCUGUGGACGAGGAUCGAUACGAGCCUGAGGCCUUUGGGCGUGGAUCUAGUCAUCGCGACCGUGAUCGCCCCAGUCGUCGUGAGAGAGAACGUGCGCGUCACGACCGUCGUUCCGGCCGCGGCGGGCAGAAACGUGGUGCAUCCGAAGGCAGCGCGGAUGAGGCGAGAGCAUCCACAGCCAAGCGCCGACAUGGCGGAACAUGA